AUGAUGGAUAACCCUGAGCAACAACAACGUCAACAGCAGCUGCAGCUGCAACAACAAAACUCUUUAGCUGGUCUGCCACCACUGCCAAAAAGUCUUAGCGCUGCUGCAACCACAAUCGGUCCUGCUGUUCCAGGACAUGGGCUUGGACAGGGUCAGACUCAAGUACGUUCCCACACUUCGUCGCCGUCGUUGCAGUUGCAGGCAGUGGCUCCAGUGGUAGCCCUAACCGUGGCCGCUGGAGAUCUCUAUCUGGGACCAUCCACCUCGACGGCGGCAGCAUCGCGGAAUCGCAACUACAAUGGCCACGGGCGCCACGGCAGCCUAAGCUCCACGCAAGAAUCGUUGAGUGAUCGCGAGAGCGUUCAUAGUCGCGCCUCGUCCACCUACAGCGCUAGCGGUGGCAGUGGAGCAACUCAGCAGCACACACCAACGAACAACGCGUCCAGCACCAUUGACAACCAGUUGGCCAUAUUGCGACGUGAAAUGUAUGGAUUGCGUCAAUUGGAUUUGUCACUUUUGUCGCAGCUUUGGGCGCUCAACGAGUCGAUUCAAGGAUUUCGCGUAUUUCUACAAGAGCAGGACGCGAUCUCGCCGCCGUCGCGAUCCCGCACGCCCUCCGAUGCCAACUCGCUGUCGUCAGACGAGGACGAUGGGUCCUAUGCGCCAGUUCCAGUGCCCAAGCUUAAUGCGGCGCCAGCCGUGAUUGCGGCUGCUCUGGGAUCGCCAGCGGCUAGCGGCGGUUUGCCGACCAAACUCGCGACGGGCUCAACGACAUCGCACGCCUCGACAAGUUCAACAUCGGGAGCAUCCGGCUCUUCAUCAGCAGCCUCUUCCAUGGGCAAACACCAUCAGCAACAGUUACAGCAGCAGCAGCUGCCACAUUAUCAUCAUCAUCACCAUCAGCGAUCAGCAGCACCACCAGCACCGCCAGCUCAACACAAGGCACAUCCUCAACUGCCGCGAAUCUUGCAGCAACGCAUGCGGCAUGCACCGCCUCCACCGCCUCCCACACGGCCCAAGGGCAGUGGUGGUGGGGCGAGCAGCAGCAGCAGCAACCACAGCAUAAGCAGCGUCACACAACAACAACAACAACAGCAGCAACAACAAUUGCAUCAACAUCAGCAUGCAGUGGGACAUCAUCAAAGGCCUGUAUGACAAAACCCGUUCUUGGACUAAGACUGCCAUGGUCCAAGAACGUAGUGCAACUAGAGACAACAAGCACAGCAACAUCAACAGCAUCAGAUACUACCACACCCAAGCAACAAAUAAGAAAAAGAAACAAAACAUUUCACAAAUGUCAAUUGCACAUUCAUCAAGGAGUCAAUUUAAAUCUGUUGAUUACAGUUGAAUCAUCCAACUCAUCCAUGCUUGCCAUUUUUGAACGUUUCCUUGCAAGCUUUUGUAACGAAUCUUUUGGUGUGCAUUCGACAACCACAAAAAAAGUCUAGUGUAUUAUUGCGAAAAUGGCAAGGAAAUUGUAUUCAAUAAUAUUCUUUAAAUAGUAAAGGAUAAGAUCCUUCAAUAAGCUACAUACAUAAAUACAUUUAUCGCUUAUACCAUAUAUAUCGCAUAUAUAUAUGUAUAUAUAUAUAUGUAUAUUACUUACUUGCUACUUGGAAAUACAAAUCUUGCAUCGAAAUAAAUAAUAGUAGGGAAUCUUUUGUUGCAGAGAGUUCUUGAAUGGAUAAAAAAUAUUUGAUGAUGAUGUUGAAAUGAUAGAGCAAACACAUAUAUAAUUAGUUAAAUUACUUAUUGUACUACUUGAAGCUAUUCUAAAUAAUUAAAAACUAAAACACAUUACCUACCAUUAACCAAAACUAAACUCUUGGCCUAAACACAUUAAAGCUAGCCAUUAUAUCGAUAAAUAUCCAUACAUUUUUCGUUGCACUUUAAAAAGAAACCUUAAAAUCUUGGUUCAAUCGCGAUUCUACUUAAAAGAAAUGUUACUAUGCGUAAUUACCAAUAUGGAGAAGCACUUGGGAAUCACGAAGUCCGAUUGUUUUUUCUCUCUUUCGUGUCAGAUUUGAUCAAUUCAAUAGUGAACUCAAGAAAUAACCACUAUUAUCGGUAAUUUAAUUAUCCUCUGUAGACUCGGAAAGUAAAUACCCGCUUCAUAGGUGCUUGAGAAUAUACAUAGAUGGGAUCUUAGAAUAUUCAUAUACAUAUGUGAAAAGUAACAUCGGUGCAGAGAAUAGAAAUUAUCGACACGAACAAAUCGAUAAUACACAUAAUAAUAAUAUAUGUAAUUUGAAAUUGGUUAAAUUGACACGUUUGCUGAUGCUGAUGAUAUUCUGUACCCUAUAUAAACAUAUUCUUAUAUUAUCGGGGAUGCCUCCCUUCGAUCGUUACAAUACAUUUACAUUUACACAAAUUUAUUACACCCACUCCAUUUAAUGGGUACACAAGGGAGAUUUACAUUAAAUUAGUCUUGUAUCUGCGGUUACUGUCAAGGAUUAAUCUCAAGAAAACUCCUAUAUCAACAUUACAUGAUUCGUGUGUAUUCGAAAAGAAAAACAAUAUGCUAGCUUAGUUCGCGCAUAUCAAAAUGUAUGUUCGUAACGUAUGUGUAACUAACUAAUCGUAAGGAAGUUCAUGUUUUCUUCUAUAUUAGCAUUAUUUAUGCAAGAAACCAACAACGAUUUUUGGCCUAACCUUUUUCCUUCUUCAUAGAGAAUUCAAUCAAAAUGUGAAAACCAUGAGUCAAAUAAAUGGAUUUUUAUAUGAAGUGAAAGAAAUUGCAUUUAUUGUACUAGACACUUAGCAAUGUGCAGAAUAGUUUUCUAGUACGAAGAAAACAUUCGAGAGCAAAAUCUGAAUCACUUUUUAGUGUGCGAUGUACGAACUAUUUGGUAAGCAAUUUGUUGAUAUUUAUAACUGGACGGUCGGUUUUUGUAAUGUAGUCAUAAAAGAAAAUCAAACAAUAUCGUCGAUAUGUAACGUGUACUGCAAAUAAUUUAAAAGAAUGAAAUGAAAGAUCUGAACAAUAAAUAUCACCUUAAAUAUUAUACUUGUUCUGGUUUAUGUGGGAUUUGCUACAAUCAAUUUAACGUUAGUUUCGAUGGAGAUACAGAAUUUCUGGUAAUAUUUAAUAUUCAAUAAAUGUCUAUUUCGGUUUAUUAAAAAUAAUCUUUAUCCUUCAGUCAAUAUCUACAAAAUACGCUGAGACUUGUACAUGUCAUUCUGAUAAAUAUCGGCAAAUUUUAUUGAAAAGUAACUGCAAUACAACACAAUCAAGUCUUGCAAAAUAAUACUCAAUCAAAAAUAAUUGUAACCUCUUUGUACAUCAUUUACAGACAUUGCAAUAGUGGAUCAAGAAAAAGACACGCAGGUUCCAUUCUCUAAAUUUAUUAUUUGUAUAAUUGUAGUAUCAUAGUCCUACCUUUUUUUGGAUACGCGGGGAUAGUUCAAUUAUAUUUUAAUUAUGAUGUAUUUAUAUGGUAAUGAUCUUGAUUUACUUAUAUGUUACUAGAUUGCUAAUAUUUUUAGAAAAAAUAUAUAUUAUUUAUUUUUUUAAUAUUACUUAAGCUAUGCAUAGGAAAUUAAGUCUAUAGCUGGUCAAAUUGAAAAUAAAUGGGUGUCCUCGAUAUUCGAUAUUAAGUACUGAACGGCCCACAGCAAUUCGAAGAGAUCUCUGCAAGAAAGCAAAAAAUAUAUAUAUAUUAGAUGUGACAACAUAAGUUCCUUGCCACUUACUGUUGGUAUCACCCCAACCCAGAGGAACACCAAGGCGUCUGUUUUCCUGCUUCAGCCAUUGGUAGAGCGGAUCAAAAUAUUCCAGCAACGCAGCAGAAUCCAUCUCGGUUUCGCCCGUGAACUCCUCCAAUAUUUGCUUCCAAUGCCUUGAAUU